AACGCUCUUUCUUCCAAGGUGGCGAUGCGCUGUGUACAACGCGAUUCUACACCUGCGGCAUAGGGAGAAAAAAAAAGAUAAGGCUACGAAAAUGUUCUCGUCUGUGAAGAGCGUUCGAAAACGCAGGAUUAUCAAGCGUUCGUCGGGAAUGAUGCUAGAAACGUGAACUUCGAGUUGACGCGCUUCGAGUCGAGGGAGUUUGACGACACCGAAGCCGUGCCUCGCAGCGUCCAGCGGUACUAGCGAGCGGAAAAAAACCAUGACAAUCCUGGGACCCCAAAAUGCUACGCAAACAACCAAUGAGGCCUCUUCAGCACGGUUGGAAAUCACAACGUGAAUGAAUAACGUUUCGAUAGUAAGUUUUCAUUACUGAAAUUGAGAUGCCGGUGAUACGAGUAUGUGGUGGACAGUGGUGUCGUCUGCUCUGCUGCUACUCUCUAGUGCUCGCUCUCGGAAGUGGUGUAGCUUCUUCGAUGACGAUGAUGCAGAAGCAGACGACGCUGGGUGACGGAGCAGACGAUGUCGACGGUAAUGACGUCGGGGCCUCGAGCUACGAAACGGCGGCCGAAGAUCCAGACGGUCGCCGUCAGAAUGGCGAGAAAAUAAACGGGCAAGAGGAACGAAGCAGCGACUUUGAGAAACUGGAGAAACGGUUACCCAGCGCUCUCAUUAUCGGCGUGAAAAAAGCCGGCACGAGAGCGCUGUUGGAGUUCCUGAGGCUUCAUCCCGACGUCAGAGCUACGGGCCCGGAAACCCACUUUUUCGAUCGUCACUACAACAAAGGCAUAGAGUGGUACAGGCUCCAGAUGCCCCUGACCCUGCCGGAGCAGAUCACCAUGGAGAAGACGCCGAGUUACUUCGUCACCGAGGAAGUGCCGGCGCGCAUUCGAAGUACGCUGCCGGAAGCUCGUCUCCUGGUCGUCGUUCGGGACCCGGUCACCCGGGCGCUCUCCGACUACGCCCAGACUGCGUCCAAGCGUCCGGACACCACGCUCCCCUUCGAAUUUCUGGCGUUCCGCAGGCGCACGAACGGAAGCAAUGACGUCGACGAGUCAUGGUCCGGCAUACGCAUCGGCCUGUACGCCAAUCACCUCACUCACUGGCUCAGGCACUUCCCGCCGUCCCAGAUCCACGUUGUCAGCGGAGAGGAGCUCGUCAGGAACCCAGCCCGCGAGAUGGCCAUGGUCCAGGACUUCCUCGGCCUCAGGCGGCUGGUGUCCGAGGACCACUUCUACUUCAACAGAACCAAGGGCUUUCCCUGCUUGAAGAAGAGCGAAGGCAGCGGUAGUCCUCAUUGUCUCGGCAAAACCAAGGGCCGCACGCACCCCAGGCUAAGCGAGGAGAACGUCAGGAGGCUGAGGAAGUUUUUCGAGCCGCACAACAGGAAGUUCUACAAACUGGUGGGACGUGACUUUGAGUGGGAGCGCGCGAGGUGAACGUCGAAGAUACUAGUUGAUGUUUGUUUUCAAAGAAAGAAAGAAAAAAAAGCAUUGAGGAGUGACGUUUUCAGCGUCUGGCCGCGUGCACUAGCCGUUCUGACUGCCGGCUUCUACGAACACCGAGAUAGAACUUGCUUCGUUCAGUGACGUGACGCUACCUUAUCUCGCUGUCCACCGAAGAAAGGAUUUAGUGAAUUUUUGAAGCAUUUCAUGUCACUGUCUCCUUCUAUUGCAAAGCAACAGUAAUGAAAGUGUGCACAAACUGAGCUGACAAUUAAUAAUGCUGUGCUAAAACGUGUGAACGAAUACGCUAGUUAUAAUCAACUUUACCGCAUAUUCUGAUACCUCAGACGACACGUCGACUCUGCCAACAUAUCGUACAUUUCUACGUCAACGUAUCGUGAUAAAGCCGUAGAAAGGUACUGUUUGAGGAACAUCAAAUAGGAACGAUUUUAUUGAGCAAUCAAGGCAGAAUCAAAAGUCAGAACAACGUAUCACUAGUCUGGUUAUGCGCCACAACUGAAAUACGGACGCACAGUGUGUGCAUUUAGAACCACCGCUGACUCAGAGCUCACCUAACGCUCAAGGACAGCUGAUAAGUUUUCAAAACGCCAAUAUCAAACUUAGAUGCAUUUAGAGUUCAAAACUGCGACCGGUAUUGGCUUUUGCUUUCUAAAGAGCUGCUAAAAUGUAGAGAAAGGUGACAAUAAAUUGAAUACACAGUAGUUCACUUCAUGGCGGAAUUUAGCACCGAAGCGACAAGAAUUUUCCACUGUAGAGUAUAGUGAGCUAAGUGUGACUUCAAAACACGACAAGCCCAACAGCAAGCAGUCAGCCGUACAAUAUAUUACGCGGAGCAAAUGUUGCAUGUAGGACGAAUUCAGUACUAACUACACUUGCGAGCCCUUGCCAGUAGUCAUUCACAAUUCUACCAGAUGUUCGUCCCAAAUCCUUCGCAGCGAUAUUGUCAUCUUAGUACUGUUCGUGUUGCACAACGUGCUCGUUUCAAGCUAUAUAGUCAGGACAAAUGCGUGUAUUUGUAGUAGUAGUGAAACCAGACGGUAUUUGGCUUUAUUGAUCGGAAAUUUAGCAGGAUGUGUCAUUGUUGCACUUCACAAACGACAAAAGCGCAGAUAUGCAGUCAUUAAGCUCAUUAAGUCUAGUCCUGACCCCUUGUAACUUGAUAAUAAAAUCAAGCUAGCAAUCUCCCAAGAUUUCUUCUAACCUCUAUAGUCCAAUUUACAGGUCCCAAUGUCCCCGCUGAAGGCGAUGGUACAAUUUUAGGUUGUUCGAUGAUUCCUGCUUCGAAUGAAUCAGCAUCACCGCCAUAAUCUCAUCGUUAGAUCACCAGCUCACUUUAAGUCCGCUUUCGGAGGAACGCAUCUUAGAGAAAUAGUAGAUAACCGGUGGCUUAUUAGAAUAAUUGAUUGGGUGACAAUGGAAGGAAAACACAGCCGAUGGUGGCACAGGAAUACAUGGAGUAAUCUGAUUAGUAAAUGUUCAUGCAUGAGAUGAGCCUAAUUCAAGGAGCACAAUUCUAUCGUCAGCAGCACAAGCAGCGGUAUCACUACAUCAUGACCAUCAGCAACAACGUCAUUACCCAUAUUGGAUUUAAGGCCAACUUCAGCGACAUUUCACUUCGACAAAAUAUUUUAUAAAUUAAUAGCCUAUACCAAUGAGCCAAUCUUGGCGAAGCUGAACGGCUGGUAAUUGUAUAGUUUUCUUGUUAGCAGGGUUUAAACAGCACCCAAGCGUGCACCUGAUGGCUGUCGAUAUGAAAAGCCAAAGCACAUCGACUCCGAGAUUUUAUCAGUGCCGCGGGCGCCACCUUAUCUCUGAGGUCAUGCUCAGCAGCUGUGCGCCCUAGGUCGUGCACCACUUCUGGCGAACGAUGAUGGCGGCGGUAUCUUAAGUUUCGGUAUCGAAUGCGGCUACAUUUGUGAGGGUUUUGUGACGCUUCCGCUCGUAUUUCAAAUGAAAAAUAUUUCACAGAUGCCUGUUCUAUAUCUACACUACAUUAGGUGUUUUACAAGGCCCAAUAUUUUGUUGCAGUUGGGCAUUAAGAGUACAGUAAAUGGAAGGCGUCUCCAGUGGCCUCAAAUUACCCCUGUCAUGCGUCAGCUAACCAUAGCCCCUUUUUCCUAAUCCUCGAUUUCAUAAUGUUCUUGGUCCAUGCCCUCGACAGUGCGUCCUUUUCCUUGUCACACUAUCGUUUAUUCUAACGAGCCGCUGGUUAUCUGCUUAGUGACCUAACAUGCUGCAUUGUGCGUUACGAUACUCCUUCACUAACCGUUUUGGUAUUUGCAAGCUCACGUUUUUACACUUCAAGCCAGGUCCUGCAGCUUUCUGCCAGCGUCAGGCAGCUUAACGUCCUAAAGAGGCCGACCACGUCUGUCCGUGGACACAUUCGGCGAGAAUUCCGGGCUAGUCAAGGUACGUUAAGUGCAAUGCCGUUUUUCGGACCCAGGGCAUCACACCGAUCACCCCAUGUCGGCGCGCAUGCAACUGAACACAGCGUCAGUUUGUCAUGUUUUGUAAAAUGAAGCUUAAUCUAUACCUGCCUCCGUUAGGCUGAGGGCGACGAUGCAGAAAGGCUGCCGUCGAAGUCAUAUGUUAUUUUCAUUUGUAGUUUAAGUAAUCGUGCGUAGUAUUCUUUUGUUAUGUCCGUCUUAGCGGUUCUGGCGGGAGCGUGCUGGAUAGAGGCAUCCCGAAGAAAACGAUACUCAGCAAAAAAAAAAAAAAAAAAAAAGCUGUACUGUUCAGGAAAUUCUGUGGGAAUCCAAAGUAAACCAGAACAACCAAUUUGACACUUUAACUGGGCCAGAAACUUCUAGCACUGCACGUUCGGGAGGUACCUCAAAAAUAAAAAAAGCAGGCCCAAAAAAAGGACACCAUUCCACGCAACGAGUACAUUCGACAAAAGUAGUAAAAAUUACUAUUUUUAGUAAGAUAUAGUGAAUUUGUCAAUGAUGAUUUCUGUAGGCAGAACACUGCGAUAACGUUUUUUUUUUAAUUUCCACUGUCACAAGAACAGCUCAUCGUGUUAGCACAGUAUUGAAGCGGGGAAUAUUUUCUACCGGCAGUGACUCAUUCGACUGUUCCAGACGCUAGCUUCGGUAAUGCCUUGCUCCCAACAGGUCUACAUCUGCUAUUUUCUGCGGACAAGGCUUCAAUAAAUUGACAGUUCCCAGUGCACAGGGUCAGUUCCGUACCAGUGACAUAUACGUUAAGAGAUUAAAACUUUGAGCAUCCUUGGAUCUUUUACCUAAAGCUAGUAGCAGUUAAAAUAAAGACUUGUUCGGAAGAAGAGGUCUCAUUGUGGUGUUUCUCUUUUUCUGCGUUUAUUCGCCAAGUGCUGAUGAAUUUCUCGUCGUGACUGAAGACAAUCUGU